AUGGAUGCGAAACCACCCAAGAGGAGGACAGCUAUAGAGAAUGGGGAGACAGGGGAAGACUUGGUGCUCGCAACUUUGAUUGGAAAUGGUGACGAUUUAGGUCCCCUCGUUAGACAUGCCUUUGAAAUGGGGCGGCCGGAGCCGCUGGUUCAGCAACUGAAGCAUCUCAUGAAGAAGAAAGAAGUGGAGAUCGAGGAGCUCUGCAAGACUCACUAUGAGGAAUUCAUUCGUGCCGUGGAUGAGCUCCGGGGCGUCUUGGUCGAUGCGGAAGAGCUCAAAAGCGACCUCGCCAGCGAUAAUUUCAGGCUGCAAGAGGUAGGGAGUGCCUUGCUGCUCAAACUUGAAGAGCUUCUUGAAUCUUAUUCCAUUAAGAAAAGUGUCACCGAGGCUAUUAAAAUGUCCAAGAUUUGCAUUGAAGUGUUGCAGCUUUGUGUUAAAUGCAACACUCACCUUUCAGCAGGCCAGUUUUACCUUGCUUUAAAAGCUGUGGAUUUGAUCGAGAAGAACUACUUGAAGAACAUCCCUGUGAAUAAAAUCAAGAUUGUUAUAGAAAAAGCCAUUCCUAUAAUCAAAGCACAUGUUGAGAAGAAAGUGACUACACAUUUUAAUGAGUGGCUGGUUCACAUCAGGAGUUCUGCUAAGAAUAUUGGACAAACCGCAAUAGGCCAUGCCGCAUCGGCUCGCCAGAGAGAGGAGGAAACACUCGAACGUCAGAGAAAAGCCGAGGAAAUGAACAUGUAUGGGAUGGAGUUUGUUUAUACUUUAGAUGAAGAAGUUUCCGAGGAAUCUCCUUUGAAGUUUGAUCUCACACCUCUUCAUCGCUCGUAUCACAUCCAUGCCUGCCUUGGACUCCAAGAGCAGUUUCGCGAAUAUUACUACAAGAAUCGAAUGUUGCAGCUCACUUCGGACUUGCAAAUCUCUUCCUCGCAAGCAUUUGUCGAAUCGCAUCAUGUUUAUCUCGCUCAAAUUGCAGGUUACUUCAUUGUGGAAGAUAGGGUGUUAAGGACUUCUGGAGGUUUGUUGUCGGAUGAACAAGUCGAGACAAUGUGGGAAACAACUGUGGCUAAAGUGACAUCAGUUUUGGAAACACAGUUUUCUCUAAUGCGUUCUGCAACACACCUUCUCUUGGUGAAGGACUAUAUCACUCUUCUUGGGGCAGCUCUUACGCAGUAUGGCUACAAGGUGGGUUCGAUUCUCGAGGUAUUAGACAAGAGCCGAGACAAAUACCAUGACCUUCUUCUCGAAGAGUGUCGCCAGCAGAUUUCUAACAUCUUUUCAAAUGAUACCUGUGAGCAGAUGGUAAUGAAGAAGGAUGCAGACUAUGAAAGUAAUGUUCUGGCAUUUCAUCUUCAGGCUUCAGAUAUAAUGCCGGCUUUUCCGUACAUUGCCCCAUUCUCCUCUAUGGUGCCUGAUUCAUGUCGUGUUGUUCGAUCAUUCAUCAAAGGCUCCGUCGAUUACUUGUCUCAUGGAGUGAAUUGUAACUUUUAUGAUACAGUGAGGAAGUAUUUAGACAAGCUCUUGAUUGAUAUGCUUAAUGAAGUUAUCAUUAAUAAAGUUCAUAGCACUGGCCUUGGUGAGUCUCAAGCCAUGCAGAUUGCUGCAAAUAUAUCAUACCUCGAAAGAGCUUGUGACUUUUUUGUACAACAUGCGGCCCAACUGUGCGGGAUUCCAGUUCGGGCGGUCGAGAGGCCUCGAGCCGGUUUGACAGCCCAGGCAAUCUUAAAGACAUCAAGAGAUGAAGCUUAUCUGGCUCUCCUGAAUCUGGUACACAGUAAGUUGGAAGAGUUCAUGGCACUCACAGAAAACAUAAACUGGACAUCAGAAGAGUUAGUCCAAAACAAAAACGACUAUAUGAAUGAGGUGGUUUUUUACCUCGAGACACUGUUAUCGAAAGCACAGCAAAUCCUACCGCUGGAUGCUUUAUAUAAGGUCGGGAGUGGCGCUCUCGAGCAUAUAUCCAAUUCCAUAGUUGCAGCAUUUCUCAGUGACAGCGUGAAGAGGUUCAACGCCAAUGCGGUGAUUGUAAUCAACAACGAUCUCAAGAUGCUAGAGAAUUUCGCGGACGAGAGGUUCGAAAGCACGGGGCUAAAGGAGGUAUACAAGGAUGGUAGUUUCCGUGGUUGCUUGAUCGAAGCUCGACAGUUGAUAAACCUAUUGUCUAGCAGCCAGCCAGAGAAUUUCAUGAAUCCUGUAAUACGGCAGAAAAAUUACAAUGCCUUGGAUUACAAGAAAGUGGGUAUCAUCUGUGAUAAAUUCAAGGAUUCAGCUGAUGGCAUCUUUGGAAGCCUUUCUAGCAGAAAUACUAAAACAAAUUCACGCAAGAAAUCCAUGGACGUCCUCAAGAAAAGAUUGAAAGACUUCAACUGA